UGCGCACCAUUCUCGGAGUCAAUAUCCAAUUUGCCGCCACUAUUUUGGGCGGUGAGUUAUCAUUUAUUGCAAAAGUGGUUGGUGCUACCUCUGUUUCCCACUUUCCAUCUCCAUAUACAUAGCUUCAGUCGUAGUAGAGGCCAGCACACAAUGGUGGCACGCCCACUAAAUGACGGAGACUAUGCUAGGUUACCAGGGUUCUUCAAGCGAUACUCUCAGAGUCUGCACCACAAAGGAAUUCGUUUGCCUCCUGAAUUUGUUGGCCGCCACGGGGGUGGCCUCCCCCAUCAAUGUAUUCUUGUAAUGCCCCGCAGAAGGAUCUGGGGUGUAACUCUAUUGAAAAUUGCAAAUGGUUACUUCUUCAGGAAUGGGUGGCGUCAGUUUGUUGAAGACAAUAAUAUCACUCACCUGGACUUUUUGACCUUCACAUGGCUUGGUGGAGGUACCUUCCAUGUGAAACGGUAUGAUUUCGGCAGUGGCUGCCCGCCUAAAAUUGACUUCAAUGUUCAUGGAGUGUGCUCACCGGAAGAAGACUACUACUCUCCAGACAUAGAGUCAUCUGACGACAACUAUCCACCUGGAAGUGAGGGUGACACAGAUUCGGAUGAAGUCGAUGCAGAAGAUAUGGUGGUUCCAGGCGAAGGCGAAUACCCUUCAUUCAAAGUGACCUUGACAAAAAAAAAGCAUUGCUGGUGCCUUCGAACUGCCUCUUCGAUUCUUGAAUGUAUUCGUCCCCGAGCCGUCGUUGCAGAACGAACUUGCCUAUUUCACACUCGAUAAAAAUACUUGGGAGAUGCAUACACGUUCCAGCAAUGGCAAGCUUUGGGUUCGACAUGGGUGGAAGUGUUUCGUGCGGGAUAAUACCUUAAUGGUAGGAGAUCGACUAUGCUUCCAGUUGGUGGAGAAGGAUGAAGUGCAGUUUUAUGUGACCAUUCACCGUUGAGUGUUCCUAUGUAAUAGAUGCAUGUGUAGCUAUUGUCUCACUAUUUUUGGUUUUUGGGGGUAUCAAGCACUAGUAUGUAGUCGGUUAUAUGGCACUUUUGGUAUGGCCUAAGACAACUAUAUGAUCGUUUAGUGCUACUAUGUUUCGGUAUGUAUGAAAUGGAGACAAUAUAUUGCAUUGUGAAGAUGAAGCAUUAUGUUUCUCCUGGCA